AUGCCGCUCACACGGGCGGAAGUCCCUAUAUCACGUGACCCUUCGGAUCUGCUAUUACAGCCAAUUCGCACGAUAGAUUUUCCUUUUUCUUUGUUUUCUUUUUGGGAAGUGGUAGAGAUUAUUCGUCUGUAUUCAUUUUUGUUCAGAUUAUUCUUCAUCCUCCUUUUCGUUUCAUAUUCUUUUUCAUUUUAUUUCUUCUUCUUCUUCUUCUUCUUCUUCUUCUUCUUUUGUUCUUUUUCUUUUCUUUCUCUUUUUCUUCUUUUUUCUUCUUUCUUCUUCUUCGCUUUUUAUUCUUCUUUCUUUUCGUAUUUUUUUUUUAUUUCUUCUCUUUAUUUUUUUCCUUUUUUUUCUUUCUUUCUUUUUUUCUUCUUCUUGUCUUUUUCUUUUUUCUAUUACUUCUUCUUUUUCAUCACCUUCUUUUUACGUUUAUACCGCUCUUUUUUUCUUUCUUUCUUUCUUUCUUUCUUUCUUUCUUUCUUUCUUUUUUCUUUUUUUUUUUUUUUUUCUUUUUUUUUUUCUAUCACUUCUUCUCUACCUUUUUUUUUUCACCUCUCUCUUUUUCUUCUUGGAUUUUCUUUUAUCUACCUUCUUUUUUUUACCUUUCUUUAUAUUUAUACCUUUCUUUCUUUCUUUCUUUCUUUCUUUCUUUUUCUUUUAUCUACUACUUCUUCUUCCUCCUUCUCCUCUACUUCUUCUAACCUAUAUAUUAUCUUACUUUUCAUCUUUCUCAUAAUUGUUCCUUUUCCCACUCCUCUUACUUCUUUUACAGCAAACUCAAACAUCUUCCCCUUCCUUCAUAUUUUGUUAGGCGACGAAACUUCAUAUCUCGCACCUCUCGCCUGUGGAACUCCCUUCCCUAUUCCUGAUUAUUGUCGAAUAAUAUCUAUCUAUCUAUCUAUCUAUCUAUCUAUCUAUCUUUUUAUCAUUUACUUUAUGUAUGUUUGCAUCAAUCUAUCAUUAUGCAUGGAAUCUAUCUAUCUAUCUAUCUAA